CUUUCCUUCUCCUCAUCACCACCACCGCCUGCCCUCGCCCUCACCCUCACCCUCCUGCCACGCCAUCAUGGCAGACGAGGUUAAGAUUGACAAGGCCCUCUUUGGGUCAAGACUCAACAAGAUCAUCAGCGCGUGGAAGGCAAAAGACGAGGAUGCCUCCAAUGAGGCAUUGGGUGCUCUGCGCAGUGUCGAUUCGAUGCUCAUCUUGCUUGGUGGGCAAUCCGAUGAGAUCAAUUACCAGAAGACGGCCAGCCUGCAUAUCUGGCUGCUGGGCUACGAGUUCCCCUCUACUAUGAUGCUCAUCACGCGCGAAGGCAUUACCUUUGUAUGCAGCGCCAACAAGGCCAAAUACCUCGAAUCGUUGGACGGCGCCGGCGGCCUCAAAGUCUCGGUCCUCAAGCGCAGCAAAGACGAUGCCGCCAACAAAAAGGUGUGGCAAGACGUCAUCGCCGCGCUCAGCAGCUCAGGCAAGUCCAUCGGCGUGUUUGCCAAGGACGAGUCGCAAGGAAAGAUGGCAGACGAGUGGCGAUCCGCCUUUGACGAGGUAAAGGCAAAGGAAGGAUUCCAAGAGCAGGACGUGGGACCAGCCAUGGGCGUCAUCUGGGGUCCCAAGGACGACGCAGAGCUGGCUCACCUCCGCAUGGCAGCCAAACUCACCUCGCGCGUCAUGAGCACAAAGUUCGUCGAUGAGAUCAGCGAUAUCCUCGAUGGAGGCAAGAAGGUCACGCACGAGAAGCUCGCAGCUCGACUCGAGGGGGUCCUGGAUGACGACAAGUUCUGGAAGAAGGCAAAAGGGUCACUCAGCGAAGCGGAUAUGAGUCUUGCGGACUGGGCCUAUACUCCCAUCAUCCAGAGUGGCGGAGAGUACGACCUACGCCCCUCUGCGCUUUCCACUAACAAACGCAUCGAGGCCGCCGAAGGGGGAGGCGUGGUGGUGGCGUCUAUGGGAAUGAAGUACCGCAGCUACAACGCCAAUAUUGGCAGGACGUGGCUCGUGGACCCGCACAAGAGCCAGCAGAAGGCAUUUACAUUUUUGUGGGAGCUCCAGGGCGAGAUAGUGGAGAAGCACCUCCGACCGGGCAAGACGGGCAAAGAGAUCUAUGCCGCGGCGCGAGAGUACGUGUCGAGUCGCAAACCAGACCUCGCAGAGCACUUUGUCAAAAAUGCGGGCUUUGCCAUCGGGCUCGAGUUCAGGGACGCGGCCUACGUGCUGGGCAACAAGUGCAACCUUCCCCUUCAAGCAAGCAUGACCGUGUCCCUCUCUCUCGGAUUCAGCGGCCUCGACGACCCGAACCACAAGGGCUCGACCUACUCUCUCCUCCUCAUCGACACGCUGCGACUCGGCGAAGACGACGGCGCACCCGCCCAGUUCCUCACGGAUCGCGUCAAGAAUGCGAGUGAGCAGUUCUUCUACCAGGACAAGGAGGACGAGGAGGAAGAGGUGGAGGAGCGCAACAGCCCCAAGAAGAAUGUGACUGCUGGCGGCAAGGUGUUGAGGAAUAAGAGCCAGAACCAGAUGGAUGCGAAUGUCGCGAAUAAGAUUAGGGAGCAUCAGCAGGAGUUGGCCGUGGGGAAGCAGGAGGAGGGGUUGAGGAAAUAUGCGGAUGAGGAAGGGGAGGGAGGACAUGACAAGGGCAAGACCUUCAAGAAGUUUGAGUCGUACAAGCGCGCCGAGCUCAUUCCAACGAAGGCGCAAGACCUCAAGGUAAUGGUCGACGUGCGCAACAGCUCGAUCAUCCUGCCCAUCUACGGCUUCGCGGUUCCCUUCCACAUCAACACGCUCAAGAAUGUCAGCAAGAAUGAGGAGGGCGAGUUUACGUAUCUUCGCUUCAACUUCAUCUCGCCCGGCCAGAUCGCAGGCCGCAAGGACGACACUCCCUUCGAAGACCCGGACGCCACCUUUGUGCGUUCCAUGACGUUCCGCUCUUCGGACACGUACCACUUUGCCGAGCUCUUCAAGGACAUUACCGAGCUGAAGAAGCAGGCCGCGAAGCGCGAGGCCGAAAAGAAGGAGCUCUCCGACGUGGUAGAGCAGGACAAACUCAUCGUCACCAAGGGUCGCGUCACUUCUCUCCGCGAAGUCUUUCCCCGCCCAGCCCUCGAGGGGAAGCGCGUGCCCGGUGACUUGGAGAUCCACCAAAACGGUCUGCGAUUCGCGAGCCCGCUCAAGGACCAGAAGAUUGACGUCCUCUUCAACAAUGUCAAGCACAUGUUCUUCCAGCCCUGCGACAAGGAGCUGAUCGUCAUCGUGCACUUCCACCUCAAGGCUCCGAUCAUCAUCGGCAAGAAGAAGACGAAGGACAUCCAGUUCUACCGCGAGGCGAGCGACGUCCAGUUCGACGAGACGGGCAACCGUAAGCGCAAAUAUCGAGCGGGGGACGAGGACGAGCUGGAGCUCGAGCAGGAAGAGCGUCGUCGCCGCGUUCAGCUCAACAAGGAGUUCAAGCGAUUCGCCGAGGCGGUGGCCGAGGCCGCCGACGAUCUGACCGUGGACACGCCCUAUCGCGAGCUAGGGUUCGACGGCGUUCCCUUCCGCACCAACGUGUGGCUCGCACCGACGAGCGACUGCCUGGUCCACUUGACCGACUCGCCGUUUACCGUCGUGACGCUCAGCGAGGUGGAAAUCGCGCAUCUGGAGCGCGUGCAGUACGGGCUCAAAAACUUCGACCUCGUCUUCGUCUUCAAGGACUUUGCCAAACCGCCACUGCACAUCAACUCGAUCCCUACGCAGGCGUUGGACAAUGUGAAGGAGUGGCUGGACUCGGUGGAUAUCCUCGUGUCAGAGGGGCCGGUGAACCUGCAGUGGAACCAGAUCCUCCGUACGAUCCAGGAUGACCCGUACGAGUUCUUCGUCAAUGGCGGGUGGAGCUUCUUGCGGUCGAGUGACGAGGAUGGUGGGAGCAGCGAUGAGGAGAGCGAGGAAGGAAGCGCGUAUGAGGAGAGUGAUGCGUUUGAUGCUGAGAGUAGUGAGGAUAGCGAGGAUGAAGACGACGAUGAUGGUGGAAGUGACUUUGAUGAGAGUGGAUCUGAGAGUGGGUCGGGGAGCGAUGCUGGGUUGGACAGCGAUGAGAGUGAAGGGAUGGAUUGGGAUGAGAUGGAGAAGAAGGCCGCGAGGGCUGAUCAGCGCAAAGGAGGCUACGAGAGCGAUGAGGGUGGCAAGGGCAAGAGCAAGAAGAAGCGCAGGUAGCCGCGUGGGAGGGUGCGUGCGCAUGUCAUUCAUAUUCAUGAAGCGUCUACUCGUGGCGUGCACGCUUG